AUGAACCAAGUACAAAAGCUUACACCAAGUGAAGUAGAAUCCAAAACAAUUUCCGCCAUAAGAAGAAUGAAGGAGCAUCUAAAGGAGGAGGAGCAGAAGCACAAAGAAGCAGAAGCCGCAAACUCUAUUUAUGUUCCGGCAGAGGCGCCCUUCUUUUUCGUAGUGAGGAUCAGAAGCUCUAACAAGGCGUCUCCGGGCAUAAUGUGCGCUCUUGACUGUCUUAGGCUGAGAAACGUAAACACCGGCACGUUUGUGGUGAACAACAAGUCCACAAAGUCGCUUUUGCAGAAGGUGAGGGCAUACGUUGCAUUUGGAACGCUCUCGCUCGACACAAUCCGAAAGCUCAUCUAUACCAGAGCUUUUGGAAAGCACGAUGGAAACAAAGUAAACAUAACCACCGAGCUGCUUGCAGAGCGAUUUGGAGGGGCUGUUGAAACCCUUGAGGACAUUGUAGAGGCGCUUUUCCUGGGGAAGAGGCAGGACGCGUCUGCCAUAAACAAGUGGCUGAUGCCAUUCACGCUGAGCUGCCCCAGAAAGGGAUUCGGAGGAAGAAAGAUCAAGGACUUUACAGAGGGAGGAUCCACUGGAGACAGAGGAGCAUAUCUUGAUGAGCUCAUCAGACGAAUGAUAUAA